GCAAACAGGUUUCCUCCAAGGCAGAAUUUUUGUCCCGUGAGGUCGCUGGCCGAGGCAGAACGGAGCAGCAGCAAGCGCCGCUGUUCCAGAGGCAGCAGAUGACGACGACGACGUCUAGCGGCAUGCCGGACUUCAAGCAGUCUGUGAAGCUCAAAUACGUGAAGCUGGGUUACCACCACCUCAUCACCCACGGCGCGUACCUGCUGCUCGUCCCGCUCCCCGGCCUCGUCGCGGCGCACCUCUCCACCUUCACGCUGCGGGACCUCGCCGACCUGUGGCAGAGCCUGCAGUACAACCUCCUGUCGGUGGUGGUGUGCUCCACCCUGCUCGUCAUCCUCGCCACCGCCUACUUCCUCACGCGGCCGCGGCCCGUGUACCUGGUCGACUUCGCGUGCUACAAGCCGGACGACGAGCGCAAGUGCAGCCGCGCGAGGUUCAUGAACUGCACCGAGUCCAUCGGUACGUUCACGCCGGAGAACAUCGAGUUCCAACGCAAGGUCAUCGAGCGGUCGGGCCUCGGCGAGGACACGUACCUCCCGGAGGCCGUGCUCAACAUCCCGCCCAACCCGUCCAUGGCCAACGCGAGGAAGGAGGCGGAGAUGGUCAUGUUCGGCGCGCUGGACGAGCUGUUCGCCAAGACGGGCGUGAAGCCCAAGGACAUCGGAAUCCUGGUGGUGAACUGCAGCGUGUUCAAUCCGACGCCGUCACUGUCCGCCAUGGUCAUCAACCACUACAAGCUCAGGGGCAACAUCGUGAGCCACAACCUCGGCGGCAUGGGCUGCAGCGCGGGGCUCAUCUCCAUCGACCUCGCCAAGGACCUGCUCCAGGUGCACCCCAACACGUACGCCGUGGUGAUCAGCAUGGAGAGCAUGACGCUCAACUGGUACUUCGGCAACGACCGGUCCAUGCUGGUGUCCAACUGCCUGUUCCGCAUGGGCGGCGCGGCGGUCCUGCUGUCGAACCGCGGCUCGGCACGGCGCCGCUCCAAGUACCAGCUGGUGCACACCGUGCGCACGCACAAGGGCGCCGACGACCGUUGCUUCGGCUGCGUGACGCAGCGGGAGGACCAAGACGGCAAGGUGGGCGUGUCGCUGUCCAAGGACCUGAUGGCCGUGGCCGGGGAGGCGCUCAAGACCAACAUCACGACGCUGGGCCCGCUGGUGCUCCCCAUGUCAGAGCAGCUGCUCUUCUUCGCGACGCUCAUCGCCCGCAAGGUCUUUAAGCGGAAGGUGAAGCCGUACAUCCCGGACUUCAAGCUGGCGUUCGAGCACUUCUGCAUCCACGCCGGCGGGCGCGCGGUGCUGGACGAGGUGGAGAAGAACCUGCAGCUGUCGGACUGGCACAUAGAGCCGUCGAGGAUGACGCUGCACCGGUUCGGGAACACGUCCAGCAGCUCGCUGUGGUACGAGCUGGCCUACACCGAGGCCAAGGGGCGGGUCAAGAAGGGCGACCGCACGUGGCAGAUCGCCUUCGGGUCGGGGUUCAAGUGCAACAGCGCCGUGUGGAAGGCGCUCCAGUCGGUGAACCCGGACAAGGAGAAGAGCUUCAGGAACCCGUGGAUGGACUAGGAAUCGAUCGUCUGUUGCACUUGUAUCUCGGCCUGCUGUUCUUACGUCAUGUCUGGGGCAUAGCGCGCGAGUGCUCGACACGAGUGCUUGGAAGACUGUACUGUACGUUGCAAUACAAAUACACAUUGUUUCCAGUGACACGUGUUUCUCUCGUUCAUACCUGCCACCCUCUUCUCCCAUUUGUCGAAAUUUGAUAGGAUUGCAA